AGGUAGGGCCGCGGCCCCGCGCAGAAAAGCCCGCGGCCAUUGCGCGCUUCCCAGGGGUGCAGCCGGCGUGGGAGCGGCCGCCGCCGGCCCCGGGAAAAAGGGGGGGGUUGGGAAAGGGGGGGCAGCCCUGUGCCUCCCCCGCGCUGGGACCUUGGGGAGCGAGGCUGCAGGUGGGGGCUCUGCCGCUUGGGUCUCUCGCUUGGAAGCGCCUCGGCCAGGGAAAGUUUCCGGUCUCUUCCUCUCCUCUCUUUUUCCCUUCCCUUUUUUUUUUUUUCCACCCCCCGCCCCUCCACCCCGUAUUUUUUUGUCCUUUUUACUAUCCCGGUGGCACUAUGACGGCGUCUCCCGACUACCUGGUGAUCCUCUUCGUGACCACGGCGGGCACCAACGGGGCAAGGCUGGGCUCAGAUGAGCGAGAGCUGCUCCAGCUCCUGUGGAAAGUGGUCGACCUGAGGAAUAAGAAGCUGGGGCACCUGCAUGACGUGCUGGUCCGGCCUGACCACCCGGAGCUGACGGCUGAGUGCCAGGAGAUCACCCAGGUGGAUGUGGAGAGCCUGGCACUGGCUCCACCGCUGGAGCAGGCUUUGAGACAGUUUAAUCAAUCCGUGAGCAAUGAGCUGAACAUUGGUGUAGGUACUUCCUUCUGUUUCUGUACUGAUGGACAGUUGCACAUUAGGCAAGUUCUACACCCUGAAGCUUCCAAAAAGAAUAUCUUACUGCCUGAAUGCUUCUACUCCUUUUUUGACUUGCGGAAAGAGUUCAAGAAGUGUUGCCCUGGCUCACCUGACAUUAGUAAACUCAAUGUUGCAGCCAUGACAGAAUAUUUAAAUCUUGACAAGAAUAGUCCAGCACUUCCCUACGGAGCAUCUCAAGUUGAAGAUAUGGGGAAUAUUAUUUUAACACUAAUAUCUGAACCAUACAAUCACGGAUUUUCAGAUCCAGAAAGAGUGAACUACAAAUUUGAAAGUGGGCCUUGCAGCAAGAUGGAACUUGUGGAUGACAAUGCUGUCAUCCGAGCAAGAGGAUUGCCGUGGCAGUCGUCUGACCAGGACAUCGCGAGAUUCUUCAAAGGCCUAAAUAUUGCCAAGGGAGGUGCUGCGCUCUGUCUCAAUGCCCAGGGUAGGAGGAAUGGGGAGGCUCUCGUGAGGUUCGUAAGCGAAGAGCAUAGAGAUCUAGCACUCCAAAGGCACAAACAUCACAUGGGGAAUCGAUACAUAGAGGUAUACAAGGCAACAGGUGAAGACUUCCUGAAAAUUGCAGGAGGCACUUCCAAUGAGGUUGCCCAGUUCUUAUCGAAAGAAAACCAAGUGAUUGUCAGGAUGCGAGGUCUUCCUUUCAAUGUAACAACAGAAGAAGUGCUGACAUUCUUUGGCCAGCACUGCCCUGUAACAGGAGGAAAGGAAGGAGUCCUGUUUGUCACAUACCCUGACAGCAGGCCAACAGGGGAUGCCUUUGUGUUGUUUGCUUGUGAGGAAUAUGCACAAAAUGCACUGAAAAAGCAUAAGGACUUGCUGGGGAAAAGGUACAUUGAACUCUUCAGGAGCACUGCAGCAGAAGUUCAACAGGUGCUGAACAGAUACUCUUCCACACCUCUCAUUCCUCUCCCAACACCUCCUAUUCUUCCAGUAUUACCUCAACAAUUUGUGCCUCCUACUAAUGUCAGAGACUGCAUACGUUUGCGUGGUCUUCCUUAUGCUGCUACUAUAGAGGACAUCCUGGAGUUCUUGGGGGAGUUUUCUACAGAUAUUCGGACCCAUGGAGUUCACAUGGUACUAAAUCACCAGGGACGUCCAUCGGGAGAUGCUUUUAUUCAGAUGAAAUCCGCAGACCGAGCUUUUCUGGCUGCACAGAAGUGUCAUAAGAAGACUAUGAAGGACAGAUAUGUUGAAGUCUUUCAAUGUUCUGCUGAGGAGAUGAACUUUGUAUUAAUGGGGGGCACUUUAAAUCGAAAUGGCUUGUCCCCGCCACCAUGUAAGUUACCAUGUCUUUCACCCCCUUCCUAUUCCUUCCCGGCUCCUGCUGCAGUUGUGCCAACAGAAGCUGCUCUGUAUCAGCCAUCUAUGCUCUUGAACCCGCGAACGCUCCAGCCCUCCACAGCCUACUACCCUGCUGGGGCUCAGCUCUUCAUGAACUACACAGCAUACUACCCCAGUAUGCAGCAGAGGAUGGACUUAUACACACAAAUGAUCCAGCCAGGACAGUGUCUAAAGAAUGGAUUUGCAUUUAAAGGCCCCAGCAGUUAGACUUCCUUAGAGAAGAUUCCUCCACCCAGUCUGAUGUUUUGAACAAACACAACAAGCCUAGAUGGAGAUUUUGAUUAUGUUCUCACUUUUACCACUGCUCAAGCCAAUUGUGCUCAAGAAACAAUCAUCAGAACUCUGGAAAUCAGCAGAUGGACCUCUAACAGUUUUAAAGUUAAUGCACAGUUUUCAGACACAUGCACACAGACCCCUAAGCCCUUCACUGAGAACACAGGUGCUAAAACCAAGCAAGUUCUUGAGAGUUUCUUCUUGGUAAAGAAAGUAUUAAGCUGCUCUCAGCACAGAAAUAGUUUAGCCUGACCCUACAAAGUCUGAUCUACUAUACUCUUUGAAAUAGCAAGAAAGUAUUUUUUACCUAAUUUUGCACACAGUUUAAAAUUGUUCUUUUUUAAAAAAAAAAAAAAAAGUAUU